UCACUAUCUUCCCAUCUGUAUCCACAUUUCUAAGAUACAUACAGAAUAGUAAAAAUACCCAGUUUUUAAAAGAGGUCAGUGGGAAGGUAAUGCAAUUCUAGCCCACCAGUUGUUUACCUAAGAUGUCACUUUUGAUUGUGCUGCAGCAAGUACUACAUACCUCAAAUUUAUGUGUAGUACAAUUUUUUGCAGUACAAGAUGGUUAUCUUUUUAGCACCCAUUCUCCUUGAGUGAAGACUAUUCAAUGAGCCAGCUCUUCUUGAUUGGUAAAGUUCAAACCUUUAUGCAAGAAUAGUAUUUAUAUGCAUGCAUAUACUGUUUUAUUUGACAAAAUUUGAGUUGGGUAUUCAAGAAUUUGUCUUUGGAGUUGGUUGUGAAGUGGAGUUUUGUUAAAAGGUUCUUCAAUUGAAGAAACAAGGUUUUUCUUGAUUGAGCUCAAUAAAGAUUCCAUCUUUAUUUAUCAGAGAAGAUUUUAAUCAGCAGAUACUAGUUUGGAACUUUAUUAAUGGGGAGCAAUGAAAUGGAAAUAAGUAGAGAGAUUGAGAAUGAUCAAUUGGGAGAGGUACGGAAUGAGGUAGAGGAUGUGAAGAGAUUGCCUCCAUGGACAACUCACAUUACGAUUCGAGGAAUUGUUGCUAGUAUAGCUAUUGGGAUCGUUUACAGUGUUAUUGUAAUGAAGCUUAAUCUCACCACUGGGCUUGUGCCUAAUCUCAAUGUUUCAGCUGCUUUGCUUGCCUUUGUUCUAAUUAGAACGUGGACAAAGUUAAUUCAUAAGGCUGGAUAUGUUUCGUCGCCCUUCACUAGACAAGAGAAUACAAUCAUUCAGACUUGUGCGGUAGCAUGUUAUAGUAUUGCUGUUGGAGGGGGGUUUGGUUCUUAUCUGUUGGGAUUGAACAAGAAUACAUAUGAGCAAGCAGGGAUCGACACAGAGGGGAAUUCACCAGGUAGUUACAAGGAACCUGCUGUUGGUUGGAUGACUGGCUUUCUCUUUGUUAGCAGUUUUGUUGGGCUUUUGGCCUUGGUACCUCUGCGAAAGAUUAUAUGCUCGUAUCUUUUCGCUAUCAUAUGGCCUUAUAGAGAGGUUAGGUGAAAAUUAUACUUAAUAAUUUUAAAAUUUUAUUAAUAA